AUGUCAGCAGCUUUCAAAACGUUAUCAGCAAAGGCUGCAGCUCAGCUUGAUAAAGAGUUGAUGUCAACUGGUGCAUUUUCCAUUGACCAAUUGAUGGAGCUUGCGGGAUUAGCGGUUGCAAAAGCUAUUUACAAACAAUACCCCCCACAGAAAACAGCUUCACCGCUGCAAAAAGUAUUAGUAUUAGUUGGUCCAGGAAACAAUGGAGGAGACGGACUAGUUGCCGCUCGUCAUUUGAAAACUUGGGGUGCUUACGAACCAGUUAUAUAUUACCCCAAAAAAUCAUCAAAAAGUGAGUUAAUCAACCGUUUAGUUCAACAAUUGCAAAAUCUAGAUAUAAAAGAAGUUUCGACUUUGGAUGAAAUAAAGCAGUUGCUUAGUACAAAAGGUGAAGUGGCUGUUACUUUGGAUGCAAUUUUUGGAUUCUCUUUCAAACCACCCAUCAGAGAGCCAUUUAAUGAUGUCAUUGGCUACCUUUCUCAGAACCACGAUUCUCUACCACCGGUAUUCUCAGUGGACAUCCCUUCAGGAUGGGAUGUUGAUGAAGGACCAACUGACAUUGACAUACACGCUGCUGGAUUGAUCAGUUUAACAGCACCAAAGCCUUGUGCUGAAAGAUUUGUGAAGAGUGGACCCAACAAGGUUCACUACUUGGGUGGCCGUUUCAUCAGUCCUACAAUCGCCAAGAAGUACGGUAUUGAGGAUAUCUUGGAUAAAUAUAAAGCCGAUGAAUUGAUUACCAAGCUAUAA